AUGGCGGACAUCGGGGCGCUGGUGACCAACGCGCAGACGCUCUGCGCGAGCGAUGCGGGCCUCGCGGAGCUCCAGACGAUCCUCGACGCGAACAAGGACGGGCUCGCGGAGCGGGGCGACGCGUGCCUCGCGGCGCUCGAGUCGGGCGCGCUCCGCCCCGACGCGCACGCGCUCGCGUGGAUCCACCUGCUCUGCGCGGUCGCGGGGCCCGCGCCGCCGCGAGACGCGCCGAUGCACGAGCUCGACCCCGCGGGAGAGAUGGACAUCGCGGGAAUCGGCUCGCAGGGCUCCGACCAACCCCCGUCGCAGUCCCCCGCGCCGUCCCCCGCGCCGCCCGCCGGCGCGAUCCCGCGAUCGGGCGACGUCGACAUGACGAGCGUCGAACGCCCUCGCGCGCUGCACCUCACCGGGGACGACGCCGGGGGCGCCGCCGGCGACAGGUUCGUCGCGCUCGCGUCUUCGCUCUGCGCGUCGUGCCCGCGCGCGCACGCGACGCGGGAUCCCGCCAAGUUUGCGCGCGUCUGCGCCGAGCUCGUCGCCGUCGCCGUCGCCAAGCGAAGGCCCGCGUCGGCGAUCGCGCCGCUGCUCCGAGCGGUGACGAUCGCCGCGCCAAACUCGGACCACCUCACGCCGCAGCACCCGUGCCUGUUCCGCGCGGCGCUCGAGGCGAAGAUGCCGGACGCGGCGCUCGAAACGCUGAACCGAAGGGUGUACGAGGUGGACCCGAAAACAACCGGCGUCGCCGUGACGGACUACCUGCGGUACUGCCUUCACGGAGGGGAGAUAUACGCCGCGCUCGGGAAGUACGAGGAGGCGUGCGACAUGUUGGAGCACGCCGUGCGAGCUCCCGCGAGCGCGGUGAGCGAGAUUGUCGUCGAGUGUUACAAGCGACUGGUUCUCUGUUCGCUCAUCGCGAGGGACGAACUGAGUCGCUUCCCGAGGCACGCCGCGAGCGUCGUGCAGCGAAACCUCAAGAGCGCGUGCUCCGAGUACAUCGCCCUGGCGGACGCGUACAAGACGAGGAACGGGGAUGUACUCGAGGCCAAGGCGGCCGAGUACCGCCGGGUCUGGGCGAGGGACGGUUUGGAGAGCCUGGUGAAUAAGGCUGUGAAGAGCCUCGCCGUCGGAAACGUAGCGCGGCUGACGAGGACGUAUCUGACCCUCUCCCUGCACGACAUCGCGAGCAAGGCGGGUUUGGCGGGCGGCGCCGCCGCGGCGGAGCGGACGAUCGUGGGAAUGAUCGGUACCGACGAGAUUCGCGCCACCGUCUCGCAGGCGGACGCGGUGGUGAGCUUCCACGACGCGAGCGGCGACUCGUUUUCGACUUCGUCGUUUUCCGCCAAGCUCGUGUCGUGCGUCGAGGAGGCGCAGGAGAUGUCGGAGCGGCUGAGACGCGCGGACGAGUCGGUUCGGAGCGACAGGGCGUUCAUCUCGAGGCAGGCGGAGGUGUCGCACGGGUCGCUGGGCGGGAGCCUGCGGGGGAUGAGGGUGGGAGGCGACGACUACGGGGACGCGUGA